GGAACGGAAGAAACACAACUCUAGUUCUAGCCGUGGCCGCUCGGAGUUUGGUGGAGAUCCGGCGAACUUUCGUCGGAUUUCACUCUUUCCCAUCGGAGAUUGUGAUAGAUCUUUUCCUUCAUUUCCAUAUUCCGACGGAAAAAAAUGAAGGCUUCGAGCACGAUCGUCGCAUCGGUGCUUGCUGCUUCGACGGUGGCUCUCGCUGCUCCAUCCGGCUAUAGUGAGGCGAACAUCAACCUUUUUCACAGCGAGGGGCACCCUUGUUUUAGCUGCCAGCCAUCACAACGGCAUGGAGUGAGCUCGUCUUCAUCAAACACGGAGAAGUUGACCAGUGUGGAUAAAUUUGCUCCAAGGUUUGAUGGAUUACGAUUCAUUGAGACUCUAAUUACGGCUCAUAGGUGAAGGAGAGAGAUCAAUGGAUUAUUUUGGGGGCAUUGGGGUAUUCAAUUACUGAGAUCUUCACGCUCAUUUUUUUUUUGUAUUGAACUGUGGCUGACUGAUAAUAUGCUGUAAUUUAUUGGUUGCACUUUAUUAUUAAUUUAAAAAAAAGACGAGAGAUCCAA